AUGCCGUCGCUGGAAUCGACUCGGAGAAAUGAACCGGUCGACGAAGGGUCUGACGACGAGGCAGACCCGGAGCUGCUGGAGCUCCUGCGACAGUCUCUCGGACUGGGCGGUGGGCCGGCCAAGGCGCUGCCACCCGAGACAAAAGUGCUCGAGGGUGCUCAGUACAUCUUUGACAAUGCCAUUGACGUGGCGCUGAGCCCGGCGUCGACCAAAGGAGCCGCCGAGUCAAUAUGGCGUCUGAUGCAGAAGAAGGCGUAUUCCACGCAGAUGUGGUCGGAGCAUGAGCUGCACCCAAAAACAAAAGAUGAAAGUACCGUUGACUUCAUUUUCAUCAUGGACCUGCUGAACUUCAGCUUCUGGUCUGAGAAUGAUGAGGCACAUCGCUUUGCCGUGGAAUAUCGAGGAAAGAGGUGGACCGGGUAUUGGAGCCUGGUCGCAGCUCUGCAGAGAGCUCUAGAUGAAGAGAUCCCAAUCACCGACCCGGACUUCUGGGUGAAUGAGACCGACUGUACAGAAGAAUUGCUAAGACAUGUGUUCCGGUCUGCGACCGAUGAAGAGAUUCCUUUAUUCGAGGAACGAGUGCAGUGUCUGCGCGAAGCUGGGGAAGUUCUCUGCACGGAAUUCGGUGGUAGCUUCGCCAACUGCAUUGACAGUGUUGACAAAUCCGCCGCAGGACUCGUGAACCUGCUUGCAGAGAACUUCGCCUGUUUCCGAGACGAGACGGUCUUCCAUGGCCGAAGGGUGCGACUGUACAAGCGGGCUCAGAUUCUGGUUGCUGACCUGUGGGCCUGCUUCGACGGCGAAGACUUUGGGCAAUUCCAUGACAUUGACAAAAUCACCAUGUUUGCAGACUAUCGCAUCCCACAGAUGCUAUAUCAGCUCGGAUGUCUCCGCCUGUCGCCCCCGCUUGAUAGCCACAUCCGACAACUGAAGCCUCUUCCCCCAGGGUCUACAUGGGAGAUUGAACUCCGCGGCACGAGUAUUUGGUGUGUGGAGUUGAUCAAGCGCGAGAUGGAGAAGCGGCAUCCCGAAGUGAAGAUGGGGGCCAAGAAGCCUGCCGAUCAACAGAAGGACUCCGAAAGUACAGAACUCACCUUCAACGCGAACAAUCACUCCAAGGAUGCGGAGGAGCACACCGAAGACAGCGAACAACCCGAACAACCCACCAAGACGUACGGGAUCAAUGCGAUCCUAAUUGACUUCUUUUUGUACGACACGAUGAAGACGCUGGAGGAAGAGCACAACGAGACUAUCCCUCACCACCGGACCCGGAGUAUUUGGUAUUGA